AUGUCGUAUCCUCAACCUGAAGCCGCUGGUGCGGUCAACACCAACGCCAACGCCCGGUCCGCCUCAAUAUCCUCCCACGACUCACAUCAUCGCCAGUCUGUCGACCUUCCUCCGCUCCCCAACAUCCCUCGUGCCGUUCCUAAUCGAUAUGCGGCAUCUCGACCCGGACCCACUGUACCACCGCUCGGUGCGCCCGUCCCCGCGACCAGACAAGCGGGGUACGGCGGUGCUGGCUUUACGCCGGUCCAGCGCUCUUCCUCCCGCCUGUCAAAUCGCUCAUUCAACCAGACCUUCAUAGACGCGCCAGUGACUAUCACUGCGCUUCCCGAGAUCAGGCGGCAAGAAACGCACGCGAGUGUGCGGACGGAGAUGACCAAGGUGGAAGAUGGGGGUAAGGCGGAAGAAGGGGGAGAAGGGAUGUCGAUGCAGGGGGAGAAGGGCAAGGUGGUGCAGGUUUCUCAGGAUGGGACGGAGGUCACAUUUCCAGACGGCGGAAAAGCGGCCUGGCUGGUCGUAUUGGGCGGAGUGUGCGCGCUGUUUUGCGGGUUUGGCCUGACUGCCGCAUUGGGCGGGUUCCAGACGUACUACACGUUUACGCUCAUCCCGACCUACUCUUCGAGCACGAUCGCGUGGAUACCAGGGACCCAGGCCUUCAUUACCUUCGGUCUAGCAGCCUUCACGGGCUCCCUGUUUGACAAAUACGGUCACAAGCCGCUCAUCUUCGUGGGCUCGGUCAUGAGCGGACUCGGCCUGAUCCUGCUGGGAUUCUGCACAGAGUAUUGGCAGUUGUUUCUGGUGCACGCUUUAGUGAUUGGGAUUGGGAAUAAUCUGAUCUUCAUAUCGCCGAUGGGAGUCGUCGGGCAGUGGUUCUCCAGAAGACGCGGACUUGCUUUCGGUAUACUUACCGCUGGUGCCUCCCUCGGAUCCGUCAUUUGGCCAUUGAUAAUAGCAAAGCUUCCCCCCAUCAUCGGCUUCCCCUGGACAGUCCGACUGAUGGGCUUCAUCACCAUCGCUCUCGGCGCCGCAGCGUUCUUCCUCCUCAAAACCCGGUUACCUCCCAAACCCCCCGGGCCAUUCUUUUACUUUAAAGCUUUCCGAAAGGUCUCGUAUUGCUGCGUCUCCCUUUCGUCCUUCACAUAUAUCAUGAGCUUUUUCAGCUUCUUGAGUUUUAUCGGAACUUUUGGACAAUUGGCUGGACUAGGUGAUUUCGCACCAUAUCUUCUCAUCAUCACGAACGGAUCCUCAGCAUUUGGGCGGAUCAGUCUCGGGCUCCUCGCCGACUAUGUCGGCCCAUACAACAUCACAAGCUUUUCCAUCCUCAUUAUGACCGUCCUCUACUGGUCCUGGAUCGCCCUCCGUACCGAGCCCGGCCUGACCGCCUUUGCCGUCCUCUUUGGGUUCUGGUCCGGCGCGUACGUGAGCCAACAAGCGCCCAUGUCGUCCGCCGAGGCCGACGAUAUGCGAUUCGCAGGCACGCUCGUCGGGCAAGUCAUGUUCUUCAUGUCGAUCGCGCAGCUCGUCAGUGGUUCGAUAUUCGGGGCGUUGUUGGGAAACGGAAGUCCAGAGAGUCAGCUCGCGAACGCAAAUAAAGCGAUAGCGUUCGGGGCGAGUAUGAUGACUGCGACGACUAUAUUGCUGGUUAUUGGUCGAUUGGCGAGGAGUAGGGAACUGUGGGCCAAGGUGUAG